CAAUAUAUUUUACAUCAGCUAUCUAUCCUAAAUCUGUAUUUACUAGAAGCAGAUACAAAUUGAAAAACUGCCUUUUACAAGCUUCUUCCUCAUUCAAUGGGGUCAGAGUUCAGUAAAUAUUGGUGAUGUCAUGGUCUGAAGAUGGCUGAAGGAGAAAGCUGUGAAGGUUGGUGGGGAGGCUGGCUUCAACAAAGCUUCCAGGCCGUCAAAGAUAAGUCAUCAGAGGCAUAUGAAUUUAUAAAGCGUGACCUGACAGAGUUCUCCAACGUGGUGCAACAUGACGCUGCGUGUUCCAUCGUGGCCACAGCAAGUGCCGUUAGAAGCAAACUAGCGGUGGAGGGCUCCUCUGAUACCACAGAGAAGGUGAAGAAGAGCCUGUCCAGUUUCUUAGGAGUGAUAACAGACACCCUCGCUCCUCCCCAAGACAUGACUAUCGACUGUGAUGUCAUCACGCUAGUGGCAACUCCAGCAGGCACCACAGAGGUGUAUGACAGCACCAAGGCUCGUCUCUACAGUCUGCAGGCUGACCCUGCUACAUACUGCAAUGAGCCUGAUGGUUCCCUAGAGCAUUUUGAUGCGUGGCUCUCCAGCUUCAGCCUGGAGGAGAGGAAAGGAGAGAUCUCUGACCUCCUGGUCAACACCCCCUCUAUCAGGGCCCUUUACACCAGAAUGGUGCCAGCAGCUGUAGCUCAUUCUGAAUUCUGGCAGCGGUAUUUCUACAAAGUCUUUCAGUUGGACCAGGAGGAGGCCAGGCGAGUGGCCUUGAAGCAGAGAGCAGAGCAAACUACCCACACAGAGGCUCUGGGCUGGGAGGAGGAGGAUGAAGAUGACUUCCUUGGCGCCACGUCUUCAUCUCGCCUGGACUUCACGCCCCCAUUGGACGACCCUACUACCCAGCUGUCCCCACUUACACCAGUCACAAUGGCGACGACCCCACUCAGCCCCAUCCCGUCUCCAAGCGGGGAGCGCUCCUCUCCCCUCUCCCUGAGCAGCGACAGCGGCAGCCUGCCCACCCAGGUGGAGGUGAGACCAGCCAGGCCACAGCCUGUAGUCGUGGAGCUGUCCCAGAAAUUCAACAAGUCCAGCCUGGAGGAGAGAGAGCCAGAGGGGCAGCAGGAGGAGGAGAAGAGGGUUCAGUUAGAGGCCCCAGCCCAGCCUGAGCCCACAGAGAAGGCUACAGCUGAGAGAAUAACAGUCCAGGCCCCAGCUACCACCGUCCAGGCCCCAGCUACCACAGUCCAGGCACCAGCUACCACAGUUCAGGCCCCAGCUACCACCAUCAGACCAGAGACAGAGGGGCCCCAGGACCUGAGGGUGUUUGAGCUCAACUCUGACAGUGGGAAGUCUACACCUUCAAACAAUGGCAAGAAAGGGUCCAGCACAGAUGUCAGUGAGGACUGGGAGAAGGACUUUGACCUGGACAUGACAGAAGACGAGGUCCAGAUGGUGCUCUCUAGAGUUGAGGCUACAGGAGAGCUGGAGGAGAACUGGGAGAACUGGAACUGAUUGCUGUGGCGUACUGUUUCUAUCCCGCCAUUAAAGCCAGUUCUCGGCAGACGAACCAUGCUUAACGUGUUUUACCUCUGUCCAUGCCGUCACCGUGUCACGUUUGUUCGUAGGGGAAUGUCCCUUUGGUUUGGACCAUGUUGCUGAAGGCUAGCAUAGCAAUGGCAAUCCAAGACAAUAAGGUUAGAGCAAAGGCACCAUCAGCUGUCAGUUUGUGCAUAUAGGUUUCAAUGCUGAUUUACUCAGUCUUUUUGGUUAUUUCUUGAAAGCUGCUGCUCUCCCUCUAUCUUCUGAAAUGCCAUUAAGUACAUGUAAAUUGUUGCUAGUGAACUUCUUGAAAGUUCUGAGUGGUGGGAAUUAUUACUUCACUUUAGGCUGAAGAAUAGCCAUAAAACUGUAACGCUGCUUAUCACCUUUCAUGAGAUUAAAUUCUUCGUGUGAUUUAUUGAAUGGUGAAUAUAUUGAUUUAAACUUUUUUUAUAUAUAUUUUUUUCCCCCUCAAGUGAUUUACUAACUUGUCUAUCUUAUGCAAGUGAAUAUUCAAGUGAAUAUAUAAUAUUUUGGCCUUUAUAGAGAGCAUUCAUUUUGGAUUCACUCCCAACCCUAGAUACAUAUGACCUUGACAGACAAGCGAUAGUGUGGACAAGAUAUUCAAACGUUUUGUCACAGAUCUGAGUUGUGCAUUUGCCAUUCUGUCUGUUUUCACCCCUGCCCUGCUAAGUAAUUGACAUGAACAUAUCAGCUCUUCUGUGACCUCCAGGGGCCACGUUUCCGCUUUAUUUCCUGUCUCUGCUACAAUAAUCUAUUAUUCGAUCAGUCCACGUCUAAUAUUAUUCUGGAUGGGUAAGGGUCUCAUUUAUUGUCAAUCGUCAAAAGAGAAUAUGAAAAUGAUGCAAUAAAGAGCCUGCAAAAUGUU